CUUUACUUUUAUCAAAAACCAGCUAGCAUUUCACUUUGCUAAAGCCUGUUCACACUCCACAUACAAUGGGUGGAAAGCGAAAACGACGACGUUUCAAAGUUUUCCCCCAAAUCUAACAGCAUUGUUGUUAUGCGCUUUGUAUUCAUUUUCCCGUCAGCACUGUGAUCUUUCUCUUUAUUUUCCAGGAAAAUGUCGGAAAUCGAGUCUCCCUUAUUCCUUCCCUCCAAACUUUCCCUUUUAUCGGGAAUCGCAGAUUCUUAGGCUAUGUAACUUUUCUCUCUCCACUAUCUCUAUCUUGAAAAAAAAAAGAAGGAAAAAUAUAAGUUUGUUCGUUUGCGUGUUUGUUUGUUUGUUUGUUCCGCGAGAAAAAUGUGUGAGCUUCAGAACCUCUGAGCUUACGACAGGCGAAGGUCGAAGUGACACUCGAACGCCUCUUAGAUUUCUAGGGCUAAGUCCUGUUUCUGGUCGUGCUUCUCGUGAAUGUGAUUUUUUUUUUUUUUUUUUUUUUUAAAGUUUUUUGUUUUUAUUGGCGACGAAAAAGAGAAGGCAUUUUUGUUUUUCCUUAUGGUGUGAAAGGGGAAAAUUUAGCUGUGUCCCCGAUUUGGGUUGUUUUGGAAAUGGCUGAGGGGUCGAAAGUGAGGGUAGUUCGCUGCCCUAAGUGCGAAAAUCUUCUGCCGGAGCUCCCAGAUUACCCCGUGUACCAGUGUGGUGGCUGUGGUGCUGUUCUUCGUGCAAAGAAGAAGGCACCUUCAAAUGAUGCUUUAUCUGAGAAAUCUGAUGAUGAGAAUGGCAGGGGGGUUUCUGAGAAAUUGGAGAGUUUGUCAGAGAAGGGGGCUGUUAGUUUAGGUAGCUGCUCUGAGACUGAGAAGGAGAGUGAUGGGGUUGAACAUGGUAGGAAAAAAGAGAGUGUUUUGGGGGAAAAACCCGAAAAUUUAAUUAGUUCUUCCGUAUCAAGGACAGAAAAUAGAGAGAUUGUGAAUGGUCAUGAUAUGAAUAUGAAAAGGGAAGCCAUGGGUUUGAGGGUUGAUCGAAGCAGUGAAGAUAGGGAGGUGGAUUAUGUUGAGAAAUAUCAAAGAUUUUCAAAACCCCCAAUUGAUAAGUGGGUUCAUGGAGGUGAUGAGGACAGGAAUCAGAAAAUGAGCAAGUUGGGUGGAGAAAAACAAGUUGAAGAAACUGCAAGUCGAAAUGGGAAUGCAGCCGGGUCGCUGAAGUCAAGUGUAGUUGCAGAUGGAUGGGGUGUGGGCAGAGAGGAGUUGGGGGCAUUUCGAAGGAACUCCAGGGAACAGGGGAGAUUUUCAACUUCACCAUAUCCUGAUGAGGGGCCUUCAAACUUUCACCCGGGUUCCUUUUAUGGUUAUGGUCAGCCUAUGAAACAUCAUGACAACAUUGGUGGCCCUAAUAGAGCUGAGAAUUUAGAGCAGGAUAGGGUUGAGCUCCUGAGAAAGCUGGAUGAAUUGAAGGAUCAACUCAGCAGAUCAUGUGCUGUGGAAGACAAACCAAGGGAAAGGGUUCCUAUCGAUGGAAGGAUGGCUCCCCUGGAUCCUUAUGGCAGGCAUGAUGCUUAUGCUCCAGAAUGCCCUUCUAGAAUGAGUCGGGGUUUGAUGCAGCCUUUUGCCCCAGACAAGCAUGUCAGGGAGCCACCUUAUUUCAGUCAUGGUCAUGGAUCUGUUCCUUUUAUGAAUGGUCAUGAUAUGGAUAUGCAGAGCUUUUAUCCUCCUGCAAGGCAUGUCCCUGAUGAGAUUCCUGGGUAUGAGGAUCCGUUUCAGCCACAAGUGCUGCGGAGGGCUACCACCCAUCAGCCACCGCACCAAUACUUGCAAAGACCAUAUCAUGAAUACUUUUCGGGACGGUACAUGGAAUACAAUCAAGAUCCCUUUGCAUCAUAUCACGAGACCUUUUUUCACCAGCCUGCAUGCUCUUGUGUACGCUGCUGCAACAAGAAUUGGCAAGUCCCUCCACAAGUGCCACCCACUACUUUCGGGAAAAGAAGGUUUCCGAUUGAAUCAAAAAAUCCCAAUUUUUACCAUCAUGUGAAUCCUCCUACAUUUGGUUCCCGGGGUUAUAAUCCUAGAGGCUCCAAUCCUCCAUCGCAUCCUCGUGAUCCACAGCCCCACACAAGAUGGCCAAGUGACAUUGAUUCAGACAUUGGUGGUUUUUCUCAGUACCGUCCAAGAAGAGUGGUGGUAGCUCAUGGGAAUAGACGGCUUUGCCAUCCCAUAGUGGGUGGUGCCCCAUUCAUAACCUGCUAUAAUUGCUUUGAGUUGCUGAAAGUGCCUAGAAAAUUUAUGCUGAUGGAUAAGAAUCAGCGGAAACUGCAGUGUGGAGCCUGCUCUUGUGUAAACUUUCUCGAGGUUGAGAACAAGAAGGUUAUUGUUUCUGUUCCAACACAAAUGAAGCGGAGAUCUCCUGAUGCUGAUGACGGCUCUUGUGAAGUACUGGAUCAUUACCAUCGAAGUUCUCAUGCCCAUUUGAAUGUUGGUGGCACAAACUCCGAUGAUUUUGAUACUUCUGGUUAUAACUUUCAGUCCAUUGAUACCGAGCCCAAUCUACCAUCAAAGGACUGUAUAUUGAUAGGUGAAGCAGCAAAGAGGCAGGGUCUUCUUUCUUCAUCUCCCAGUUCUACUGAGGAUGAGGAAAGCCCGGAUAGCAUGAUUGGUCAGAGAGACAUUUCCAGCUCUGCUGAGUUGCCCUUGAAAGAAGAUGUGUCCCCACCACUUCUGGCUUCACCCCUACAGGAGAAUUUUGAUUAUUCUUCUAACCAUGCAAUGAGCAGGCAUGGGAAGGGAAACAAGAGUAAACGUACAGAUGAAGAGAAGGUGAUCCUGAAUAAGGCCACCUCUCGACAGAAUUCUGUGAAAGAUGCUGCAGUGGCAACUGAGAUGGAAGUUUGUUUCAACGAAUAUCUAAAUACUGGUUUGUCUCAAGAAUCUGUAGAGGUGAGCAAAGAUGAAGAUCGGCCUAAGAACAACAAGGGAAGCGAUUCCUUUUUUGCAGGUCUCAUCAAGAAGAGCUUCAGAGACUUCACAAGGUCUAAUCACAGUAUGGACAAUUCCAAACCCAAGGUUUCUGUGAAUGGACAACCCAUACCAGAGCGUGCUGUUAAAAAGGCUGAAAAGCAAGCUGGCCCAGUUCAUCCUGGAGAAUACUGGUAUGAUUUUCGUGCUGGAUUCUGGGGAGUAAUGGGGCAGCCUUGCCUUGGCAUAAUUCCUCCAUUUAUUGAAGAAUUCAACUGCUCCAUGCCUGAGGACUGUUCCUCUGGAAACACAGGUGUUUUUGUAAAUGGCCGAGAGCUUCAUCAGAAAGACCUGGAUUUGCUGGCAAGCCGAGGACUACCAACCACCAGAGACAAGUCCUACAUUAUUGAAAUAUCCGGGAGAGUUCUUGAUGAAGACACUGGUGAAGAACUAGAUAGCCUCGGCAAACUUGCUCCCACAGUCGAGAAACUAAAGUGCGGAUUCGGCAUGAAGGUUCCACGCGCAGUUGUCUGAUGAAUGAGCUUGAUUAGAGGCAAUCAUCUAAUAUAACUAGAUGCUUGACGUUGGUUGUGAGUAACCUUGUGUUUAUGAUCUCUGCAUCCAAUAUUGGAGUCAUCCUUGUUUUGUUUGUAACAAAUGUGUCUUUGGCCUUUGUAACAACAUUAUUUCCAUGAAAUUAGUUAGGUGUUCAUAUUUUUGGAUC